AUGCCAGCUCAACCGCUUAUUUUGUCGUCGAGACGAACGAUUUUAAUUGCCAUUUUGGCCCGUUACGAAGAGUUUCUUCAAAACUACCAGCCCGAUAGGGAUUCUAUCGAGGUGGAAACUCGUAUGGCCAAAUUUGACCAAAUAUGCAAGGAUUUGGAGAACCUUCAACAGCAGCUGGAGGACAGUGCAACCACUGCUGAAGAGAUGACACAUAAUGCCGCCCUUAGGGAGGAUUUUGAACGGCGCUUGAUUCGCGUUCAAUCGGCAUUGAAAGCGAAAUAUAGAGAAAUUCCGCGCAGCGAAGUGUCGCAGCAAGGAGCCGUAGACAGGGUGAUCGCUGAUCUGCCGGCGCAUGAUGUUUCCACUCGCGGCUGGAACAUUCCUUCGGAAUUUGUUUUGGCUGACCCGCAGUUCGAUAAAUCAGCCCCGAUUGAUCUCAUCCUUGGUGCCCGUCAUUACGCUUCCUUCUUUACGAGCGUAAAAUCGCACGAGCUUGCUCCGAACCUUCCAACUAUGCUGAACAGCGUGUUUGGGUGGGUCAUGAUUGGUCCCACCUCUCCUCAGAAUCCUGCAUCUCCGACCGAUUGCACCGCCGCGUCCACAAUCGUCUGCAUGGCAUCCCUGGAGGAGUCUCUCGAACGCUUUUGGAAGCUGGAAGAGUUAAGCGUCAAUGAUUCGUACUCACCUGAUGAGCGGCGAUGCGAAACAUUGUAUAAAGAAACCACUCAGCGCGACGAGUCGGGUCGCUAUAUUGUACGAUUGCCCAAACAGACCGACUUCACGGAAAAGCUUGGCCUGUCUAAAACUACCGCUUUGAGACGCUUCGAGCUGCUGGAGAGGAGGCUAGAACGCAACCCACAGCUCAAGGAAGACUAUCAUGCCUUCAUGAAGGAGUAUUUGGAGCUGGGGCACAUGUCGCUCAUGAACAAAGAUAGUGGGGAUGAACGGGCGUACUACCUACCGCACCAUCCCGUAUUUAAAGCCUCCAGUACCACCACGAAAGUAAGGGUCGUGUUCGACGGAUCUGCAAAAACAAGCACCGGUUAUUCCUUGAAUGACAUUCUAUGUGUUGGUCCAAUCGUGCAGGACGAGCUGCUUGAUAUUGUGUUGCGAUUCCGCACCUACCAAAUAGCACUUGUGGGAGAUAUAGCUAAAAUGUACCGACAAAUAUUGCUGCAUUCUGAUGAUCGUCGAUUGGUGCGCAUAUUCUUUCGAUUUUCGCCGCAAGCUCCGAUCCAAGUAUAUGAGCUCAACACCGUUACAUACGGACUAGCACCUUCCUCGUUUCUGGCUACACGCACACUUAUCCAACUAGCAGAUGAUGAAGGGACUGAGUAUGCGCUUGCACCUGCAGCCCUGAAACGAAACUUUUACGUGGACGACUUCAUUGGUGGUGCCAAUAACGUUCGCGAAGCUGUUCAGCUGCGUAAGGAGUUAUCAGCGCUACUUGCCAAAGGUGGGUUUGAGUUGCGCAAGUGGUCCUCAAACAAUCUGAGCGUACUCUCCGGCUUAAGCACCGAGUAUAUCGGCACACACUCAUCACUGCAUUUUAUACCCAACGAGACGGUCAAGGCACUCGGCAUCUCGUGGAAGCCUGAAUCGGAUGAGCUGUGUUUUGAAUCCAACACUAAGGCUGAUGAAGCCACGUCGACCAAGCGAUCUAUUUUGUCGAGCAUUGCCAAAAUGUACGAUCCGCUCGGAUUGAUAGCACCGGUGAUCGUGCGUGCUAAGAUGCUGAUGCAGGAGCUAUGGCUACUCAAAUCCGGCUGGGAUGAACCUGUUCCUAAUCACAUCUGUAAAAAAUGGAAGGCGAUUCAGAGCGACUGGAAAAUGUUAUCCGAGUACAGGACUAACCGUUACGCUCUCUUACCAGAUGCAACAGUAGAAUUCCACACAUUUACCGAUGCUUCGGAGGCCGCCUACGGAGCAUGUGUCUACGCUCGUUGUGAAAACGCGGCGGGAGAAGUCCGCAUCAGCCUAUUAGCUUCGAAGUCUCGAGUGGCACCACUGAAGCGCGUCACGUUGCCGAGGCUUGAACUAAGCGCAGCUGUCCUGGGCGCCCAUCUGCAUCAUCGCGUCAAGGAGGCAAUGCAGAUCGUGUGCGCCGAAUCGUUUUUCUGGUCCGACUCAACAGUGACGCUAAAAUGGAUUGCGUCACCUCCCAACUCCUGGAAGACGUUCGUGGCAAAUCGAGUAGCUGAGGUGCAACACUACUCUCAUCCAAGGCAAUGGAGGCACGUUCCUGGCACAUCCAAUCCUGCUGACUUGGUUUCCCGAGGCAUGUCGGCAGCCCACUUCACGCAGAAUCAGCUUUGGAAUAACGGUCCAGAUUGGCUUGUGCAACCUUCGUCCCAUUGGCCCAGCUCAGAUCCAGAACCAAGCGAUGAGGCGGACCUAGAAACACGCCAGGUGAGUGCCGCUUUAGUUUGUACACCAACUCAUCCAUGGUUUGGCAUUUCUUCAUCCUUCACCAGAAUGGUACGCAUCAUUGCAUACUGCAUACGGUUUGUGCGCAACACCAAGCAGAAGGCGCGAUCCCAGCGACCGAUACCGCACACCAACGCAUCCAAGACGAUCACGCCCAAGUACGUGGAUGCUGCAAAAACUGUGCUUUGCAGACUAGCCCAGCAAGAUGCAUUUUCCGCGGAAAUCAAGCAGCUAAAAAAGGGAGAAGCAUUGAUGAAACAAUCACCUUUACGAAAACUUACCCCAUUCCUGGAUACAGAAGAAGUAAUACGGGUGGGAGGAAGAUUGAACUUGUCGCAGCUACCGUAUCAGUCCAAGCAUCCAGCUGUUCUACCGAAGAACCACAAAUUCACUCGUCUACUUGCGGAAGAUUAUCAUGAAGAGAUGAAACAUGCUAGUGGAAAGCUAUUGCUAUCCCGCAUUAGAGAGCUGUAUUGGCCACUGGAUGGACGUCGCUUGGUAAAAAGCAUUGCAAGGAACUGCUUCCGCUGUGUUCGGCAAGAUCCCGCACUCGCACGGCAGCCGGUUGGCCAGCUUCCACCAUCCCGCAUCACACCGAGCCGACCGUUUUCUGUAACCGGAGUGGACUACGCCGGUCCAUUCUAUUUGAAGCCAGCGCACCGGAAGGCAGCAGCUACUAAGAGCUAUCUGUGCGUUUUCGUGUGUUUCGCUACGAAAGCUGUGCAUUUGGAACUCGUAGGAGACCUCACAACGGCGGGAUUCUUAGCAGCGCUACGCCGAUUCACAUCACGACGCGGAUUGCCAGCCCACAUCCAUUCUGAUAAUGGGAAAAACUUCGAAGGCGCAGAACGUGAACUGAAGGAGCUUUUUGAGCUGUUCAACGACGAACAACACCGCAACACCGUGGCUACCAGAUGCGCUGACCGGGGAAUCACUUGGCAUUUCAACCCACCAAAGGCUCCACACUUCGGCGGAUUAUGGGAAGCCGCAGUAAAGACAGCGAAGCGACACCUCUAUCGUCACCUGGGCAAUACUCGGCUGUCGUACGAAGGCUACUGCACUGUGCUCCACCAAAUCGAGGCAGCGAUGAAUUCCCGUCCGCUGUUGCCUUUGUCCGACGAUCCCAACGAGCUAGCUGCACUCACACCGGCACACUUCCUUAUUGGCACAUCGAUGUUCGCCGUGCCUGAACCGGACUACACCCAGCUGAAAUCCUGCACGCUAGAUGAUCUUCAGAAGUGGCAGCUUUUAGUUCAGCGUUUUUGGAAGCAUUGGGCCUCUGAGUAUCUACAAGAAAUGCAAAAAAGUUAUGCAAGUGGUGGCAGCAACAACAGCAACAUACUUCCCGGCAGGUUAGUGAUCCUCAUGGACGAAUCGUUACCCACCACUCGUUGGCCUCUCGCGCGUAUCGUUGAAAUCCAUCCCGGUGAAGACAAGAUAGUACGCGUCGUUACGCUCAAGACAGCUAAGGGAAUAAUUACGCGACCGAUCACGAAAAUAUGCGUUUUACCGCUCAGCACUGAUAGCGAAAACCCCGUGUAA